GCAGUUGCUGAUUUUUUACGGUCUGUGAUAGACGUCUCCUGUACACGUAAAAAUGGCUUCGACGAUAUCAGCAAGACAGGCUAACAGAGAACAUGUUUUGGCUGUAUCUCGAGACUUUAUAUCUCAACCAAGACUCACUUACAAAACCGUAUCUGGUGUCAAUGGUCCACUAGUAAUCCUCGAAGAUGUCAAAUUUCCCAAGUUCAACGAAAUUGUCCAGCUAAGACUAUCUGAUGGAAGUUUAAGAUCAGGUCAAGUACUUGAAGUCAGUGGUUCCAAGGCUGUAGUACAAGUAUUCGAAGGUACAUCAGGUAUCGAUGCCAAACACACUGUCUGUGAGUUCACAGGAGAUAUUCUCAGAACCCCCGUCUCUGAGGAUAUGUUGGGAAGAGUAUUCAACGGCUCUGGAAAACCCAUUGACAAAGGUCCCCCAAUUCUGGCUGAAGAUUACUUAGAUAUCCAAGGGCAACCUAUCAACCCAUGGUCCCGUAUCUACCCUGAGGAAAUGAUCCAAACUGGUAUCACUGCCAUUGAUGUGAUGAACUCUAUUGCUCGUGGUCAGAAGAUUCCUAUUUUCUCAGCUGCUGGUCUGCCUCACAAUGAUAUUGCUGCCCAAAUUUGUAGGCAAGCCGGUCUUGUCAAAAUUCCAGGCAAAUCAGUUUUGGAUGAUCACGAAGACAACUUUGCCAUCGUGUUCGCUGCUAUGGGUGUUAACAUGGAAACUGCUAGAUUCUUCAAACAAGAUUUCGAAGAAAAUGGUUCUAUGGAAAAUGUAUGUUUGUUCUUGAACUUGGCUAAUGAUCCAACCAUUGAAAGAAUCAUCACCCCACGUCUUGCUCUAACAGCUGCCGAAUUCUUGGCUUACCAGUGCGAAAAACAUGUGUUGGUCAUUUUAACUGACAUGUCUUCAUAUGCUGAAGCUUUGCGUGAGGUAUCUGCAGCCAGAGAAGAAGUACCCGGUCGUCGUGGUUUCCCAGGUUACAUGUACACCGAUUUGGCCACUAUCUACGAACGUGCCGGUCGUGUCGAAGGCCGUAACGGUUCCAUCACUCAAAUCCCCAUCUUGACUAUGCCUAACGACGAUAUUACUCACCCUAUUCCUGACUUGACAGGUUAUAUUACUGAAGGACAGAUCUACGUCGAUCGUCAAUUGCACAACAGGCAAAUCUAUCCACCAAUUAACGUACUGCCAUCUCUCUCACGUUUGAUGAAGUCUGCCAUCGGCGAAGGUAUGACCAGAAAGGACCACUCUGACGUUUCUAACCAAUUGUAUGCUUGCUAUGCUAUCGGUAAGGACGUCCAAGCCAUGAAAGCUGUAGUAGGUGAAGAAGCUCUAACACCUGACGAUCUUCUCUACCUCGAGUUCCUAACGAAAUUCGAAAAGAACUUCAUCACCCAAGGAAACUACGAAAACCGUACCGUCUUCGAGUCAUUGGACAUCGGCUGGCAACUUCUCCGUAUCUUCCCCAAGGAAAUGUUGAAACGUAUCCCUGCAAGCACAUUGGCGGAAUUUUAUCCAAGAGACGCUCGUCACUAGUUGGUUUAUGUAUAAAAUUUAUAUAUAUUUAGGAAGUUUUGUUAGGUUUGUUACAAAUAUGUCCACUUAUUGUAUCGAUUAUUUUCAAUUGAGAGAUAUUUUACCAAAACAAUUUAAGCCGAUGAGAUUCUACGGUGUAAUUUUUGUAAAUACUUAAAGAGCGUGUUUCAAAAAUGCGCUCAAUAUAUAUCAAUACAGAGCAACCUUUUUUUCUUUAUUAUUUUUUCACUCUACAGUCCUGUUGAACAAUAAUUAUAUCUCAAAUUAAUUUUUUAAGUGACAGUUCUAUAAGUAAAAACGUGCAAGGGCUAUAUAUUACGUACUAAACUUGAGAAGAAAAAUUGUGUCGCUCUGAAAGAACGAUUACUUGCAUAAGAAUAUUCAUUAGAUGAAAAGCAGCGUCAUAUUUUCAAUUUAUGACAUCUCUAGACGAUAUUUUUUGCGUUACUAUAUAUAUUUUUUAAAUCAACAGCAGCAAUUUUGGGACUGAUAUUCUUAUGUGAGUUGUUUUCCUAAUUUGUCCUAUUUUGAAGAGUCUAAACUAUUUACUUACCAUUUAAUUAAAUUAGAUGAACAUAAGACAAUACUAUAUUUUUAUCAUGUAAGUUGAUAUUCCCGAUGUAAAUUGUUGGCACAAUGUAUCCUCCAACUUGAUUUAUACAUUUAUUAUACUUUUGUUUGUCUAUUUUCUGUAAUAGAGUGGAAAAAUUAACAUUCCAUUAAAUGUCAUUGCCCAAUGUAUAAAGCAAUAUACCUCUUACCAUUCGAUGCUUUUUCAGUAUUUUAAUUCUAGAUGGUGAACGGAGAUUUUUCUUGAUGUAGGUUUUGACAUUUUCGAUGUUACUGUAAAAAUCUAAUUUUAUGUUAAAUAGAUUAGUGUACAAAAAUGUGAAUAAACACUAUACAUAUGUUAUUUGUUUGUGUUUUACUAUAUUUUGAAGAAUACCCCACUUGUCAUCACAUAUGAAGCGAAAUUCUUCUGAAAAUGCGCGUUACCAAAGAUAUUAUACCAUUUAAACCAGCAUAAGAGAGUAAUUUGGCAUUAGUCUAGCAUUCGAUAGUUAGCGCUGUUAUUCCACGAUACACUUGUAUCGUGUAUAAGUGUAUCGUGUGUUAUGCGCUCCGUGCGUGACUGACGCGACACCUACCACCUUCAUCUGACAAUUUUGGACCUCCCAAUUUUCAGGUUAAAACAUAGGACAUAUGUUUGACAUUGUUAAAUACAUGCGAAAUUGAUAAUUAUUAAUAAAUCAGUUUUUUAACUAUAUUUUUUCAGUUUAUGUACAAAAUAAAUGUAGUAUUAAAAUGGGUUUCUCAAAAUUCAUCAUAAUAUAUCUUUUCAACUCCAAACGGAAAAGAAAGGGAAAAAUCUAGUACUGACAAAUCAAGUUUUUCACGCAAAAGAGCAUAUAAUUAAAAACAAUAAUAGUAAAAGUUAUGAUAUAAAAGCUAAAGUCAUCUGCAGUUAGCUUGAAGCCUUAUGAAAUAUCGUUCAAGGUAAAUUAUGUAAACUUUUCCUAUUUCAAUUGCAUAAAAAUGAAAUUAUGUGAUAUUUACUUUUUCUUAUUAAUAGCACGAAUUCAUCUUUUUCUUUUCUCUAAUUCAUAUGUAAUCUUUGGGAACCUAUAAAAACUACACUCACUGUUUUUGCUAUUAUUCUUCUUAACGUGCCCUAGCAAGUCCCCUUGACGUUGGCGAUUAACAUGGCGAAACUGUCUCUGUCUCGAGCUAUUCUAAAGAGUUGCUCAGUUUUAUUAUUAGACACAAUUAAAUACGCAACAUGUAUUUGCACACAUUUUUGAUAAAAUUUAUGCGUAAAAAUAUUUUGUCUAAUAUUCCAAUUUUGUCAUAUUUCGCCGCUACGCACUCUGGCAUCGUUUCAAUGUACCCCUACCAUGGUCACGCACGGAGCGAAUAAUGAAAUUAAAUUGAUAUCGACUUUGAUAUCUGUUAUCCAAAGCACGACUGUCAACAUUUCAAAGAUAUAGUAGAAUAUAUGUCAAUAAUUAUGGUUAUUAUUCCCGAGGGAAAAAUAUUAAGGCGAAUCUAGGGAGCGGUAAAUGAAAAUGGUGUCUGGAGAAGACGAUACAACUUCAAACUCUAUAGAAUAUACCAGGAAUCAGAUAUCGUAAAAUACAUUAAGUUAGGACGUCUGAGGUGGGUAGGCCAUGUAAUGUGGAUGGAGCAAACCGACUCAGCUAGAAAAACGCUCCUUGAUAGACCUAUUGGUCAAAGAAGAAGAAGAAGACCCAGAACAAGAUUCUUAGAUAACAUAGAUCAAGAUAUGAGAAAUAUGGAAAUACGUGCUUGGCUGAGGAAGGCGAUGGAUAGGGACGACUGAAAAAAAAUUCUUGGGGAGAGGCUAGGACCUACACAGGGUUAUAAAGCCAAAUUGGUGAUGAUGAUUCCCGAGGGAGCUAUAUUGCUAGUAAUACAUAUUCGCGUUCUCGAACGGCUAUAAAAGGCAGCACUUGUUUUAAAAUAUCGUUUGUUGACAUUGUAAAUGUGAUAGGAAUUUUAAAAGACCCCUAGUUGAAGUUCAAGCAAUUUUAGAUUCCGACCAUAUUAUUACUUGUGGAAUAUUAUUAUUUAUCUAGUACGAAAACCGGAGUGAUACAAACAUUGUGCCUUCAAACGAGCAAUUUGGGAGGAGUACCCCACCAAAUUAAAGUGAAAAUUGAAGUGAUUGUUAAUAUUAAAAAUGUUUGUAAUUGUACAUGCAAGGUUGGAAAUUCAGGCAAAUGCAAAUAUAUAAUUGGCACAUUACUAUAUAUUUUUCGGUAAGUGAUUAAAAAAAGAACCAUUUUGCUAUAACUUCAUGUUUAUAAUUCCUUUUUAUUAUUUACACAGACAUCAAGCAAAAGUGGGGAAAAUUAAAAAAACAAUGUGGAUGAAAGUAUGAUGCCAAUUAACCAGUUUUGCCACAUGAACAAAAACCACUGCAAGAAGAGAAUUAGAUACACGUCUAGCAAUACCAGCAGAUACUGACAUAUUGAAGAUAUUACUCCGGAGCCGAAGAUUCAGAAUUAAGUUUCACUUUAAAAAGUGUAGUUCCUAUAGAUCAAGACACACAGUUCUAUAAGGAAGAAGUGCUUCAAAUAUCUCUAUGUCACAGUAUUAUUGGCAACAAUAAAGUUCCACCAGACUUUGUUGAUACAUGGGCUACUGACAUUGUACUAGAAUAUGGUUUAGCUAUAUUUUAUACAAAUAAUAUUGAAGUAAGCUAGAGUAAUUCUGUUGAAAUAUGUUUAGCUAAACCAAACUGGAUAAGCGUGGAAAAACCUGAGGCGACUGAGAGUAACUGGAACCACUUGUUACCAAUUACAUAUAGUAAAAAUUAAAACCCAAAUUGGCCACUUAAAGUCAACCAAUUGUAUAAUUCCAAUUUUAAAGGAAAUACUUGCAACAUUGCAUGAGAAAAAAUAAGAAUCAGUUGCUUUAAAAAUGUAUGAAAAAACAACUCAAAGUAAAGUUGAACAUUUGGAAAUUCUUAUCUAAUAUAAUGUACCAUGGCUGGCAAUGUCGAUGGAAUUAAUUCAGGAAAAUGUGUAGAAAUAAGUUUGCCUGCCAGAGGGCAAACAAAAUCUGUGCAAUCAAUUUUAUGUAACCUUAAAUAUUUAUGCAUAAUUGAGGAAAAUAAUAUUACUUUAAAGAAAAACCAUAUGUCUUAUGGGACAAGUACAAUUGCAAAUGUUACUUACCGGACUACAAAUAUUUAUUUUGUAGUGUUUUGUCCAUUCAAUAAGUCCACAUUUAUUAUACCAUUUGAUGUAGAAUAUAUACAAAAAUUUUGGUAGGCGUAUAUUUUUACAAUGUAUUAACAGUUUUAUUCCAAUUAUAUUAAUAAAAAACUCGUUUUAA